AUGCGGUUCACAAACAUUGCGCUGGCCGUGGCGACAACUGCCAUCGCGCAGCGUCCCAGUGACACGCCCAUCUGCGACUACUACACGAAGGCGCUCCUAAAGGAGAACAAUGCGACGAACCAGGCUACUCUUCUGACGCUCCUGGUGAACACGGUCGUCAUCGGGAACUAUACCAUGCCCAACACCGGCGUCAUGGUCCCUGGUAUUCUGGCCAAGGGCAUGCAGGACGGUCAGGAAGUCAAUCUGCUGCCAUACUUCACCGGGGGACUCAAGAGCACCAACAAGAACGGCCAGGCUGCCAGCGUCAACUUCCUGGACGGAGGCGGUGCGGAGCCCCUGAAGAAGAACAUGCCGGCCAACGACAAGAGCUCUCGACAAUACUUCCUCCUCACUCAUCUGUACCAGUUCUUCGGCUCGCUGCUUGGCUGCUCCAUGCAGGGGAUGACGGGCUUUGACGCUUACAUGGGCCACACGUCCAUGUACGAGGUUCACAAGUUCAUGGGCCUGGGCAAGGCCGAGAUGGACUACUUCAUCGCGCAAGUCGCCAUGGCCGCCAAGUCCUUUGGCGUCGCCGACGACGACAUCAAGGCCGUCGGCGAGGCGCUCAACAAUGCCUUCAACAUGCGCUGCGCCGCGCCCACGGCCGUGCUCAAGACGGCCAAGCCCGAGCUCCAGGCCAUAUGCAUCGCCGAUGACUGCACCAAGGCUAAGAACGCGACGUGCGACGCGUACGCCAAGGUGAUGAAGCCCGAGCCCGUGUCGUCCCCCUCCUCCUCGUCUUCAAUGAUGAUGUCGAGCAUGACUGCGUCGUCGUCGAUGAUGAUGCCUACGGGGACGCAGAUGAGCGGCAGCAUGACGGGCACGAUGAUGCCGACCGGUACUUCGAUGCCAACUUCUGUGCCCACGGCUGGGGCUGGCCAGGCUGGCCUUAACAUUGCCGCUGCAGCAGCCGGCAUCCUUGCCUUUGUGCUCUGA